AUGCAUAAGAGAAUUAAUACCAAAGAGAAGGCAUGCAAAUGUAAAGAUUGUGGCAAGUCAUUUACUCAUCAUGUAAACUUUCAAUCUCACCAGAGAAUCCAUACUGGUGAGAAACCUUACAGGUGUCAAGAAUGUGGCAAGUUCUUUACCUGGGCCUCAGCUCUUCACAGACAUCACAGAAUCCAUACUGGUAAGAAACCUUACAGGUGUCAAAAAUGUGGCAAGUCCUUUACCUGGGCCUCAGCUCUUCAGAAUCAUCACAGAACCCAUACUGGUGAGAAACCCUAUAGAUGUGAAGAAUGUGGCAAGUCCUUUACCCAGGUCUCACAUCUUCAUAUUCAUCACAGAAUUCACACUGGUGAGAAACCUUACAGAUGUCAAGAAUGUGGCAAGGCCCUUGCCAGAGCCUCAAAUCUUCAUAACCAUCAAAGAAUUCAUACUGGUGAGAAACCUUACAGGUGUCAAGAAUGUGGCAAGUCCUUUACCCAUAGAGCAACUCUUCACAUUCACCACAGACUCCAUACUGGUGACAAGCUAAAAUGUAAAGAAUGGAGUGCCGGAAAAACAUCAACCCCAAACUCUGUUACUGGGCAGGAGCAGCGGAUGAACAAGGUGGCUACACUGACCCUGCAGCUUCAGAUGAUGACCCAAGAAAGGAAUGAACUUCAUGGAAUUCUGGCUAAUUAUACCAACAAGGAUUUGAACAACAGCAUCCUCCACAACCAGCUACUGAGUGAGCGAACUCAGUUGAAGAAAAAAGUGAGCAUGUUGAGAGAGGAGAACCGAAAGCUACAGAGGGAGCAGAUUUCACUGCAAGAGUCCUGUGAGAAGGUGAAGAAUCUCUGUGAAGAGGCCCAUGAGAAGAUCUAUAAACUAUGUGCCAAGGAGAAGCAGAAAGAACGAGACAAAACAAGACGAGAUAAAAACCCUGAUAUAGAGAUGGACAAAGCAUUCCAAGAGGAGGAAAUGUGUCCCAAGAGUAGGCAAGAGUUCUGA